AUGAUGCUCGUUGAUGGCUGCUUUAUUAUUGAACUUCUCUGCAAACAGCUAGACCUUUCUCCAGUGGAAGAUGAUGAUGCUAUUUCAAGACGCAAAGGAUGUUUCAUUAUUUGCAAGUACGUCUCUAUUCCUCGAAGAAGAAUCGAAAGCAGCCAUUUACUCGAAACUGUAAGAAAUUUUGUGGUUCAACCAUACAUGGAAGUUUGUGAGGAUAUGGAAUAUCGAACUCCGAUUCCUUCCGUGUCAGAGCUUCGAGAAAUUGGAGUCAAAUUUGUGGCUUCUGAUAAUGUUAAAUAUAGUGGUCGGUACGACAUACCUUUAGACAUGGAGUGA